AUGAGGCCAAACGGCGGCAAGAUAGCAGCGCACCGGGGAUCGAGGAUACAGUCCAUAGUUGCUGCCUGCUGGGAACAAAAUGGAUACAGUCCUUGUAUUCAGAGAACAUAUUGUAGUGAAAUGGCAGGAGGACCGUACUGGAGGGUGAUGGUGGGCCGCAGGGACGGCAUGGAGGCGAACUUCGACGGCGCCCAGAACCUCCCGAGCCCCAAGGAUCCGCUGGAUAGUCUUACGCAGAAGUUCGCCGACCUUGGCCUCGACGACACCGAUUUCGUCGCGCUCCAAGGAGCACACACGAUCGGCCGCGCGCAGUGCCAGUCCAUCCAGGACAGGCUCUACAACUUCAGCGGCACGGAGCAGGCGGACCCGACGCUGGACCGUGCGUACCUCGCCGCCCUCCGGCAGCGCUGCCCGGCGGCGGCGGGCGGCGGCGGCACGGGCCUCAACGACCUCGACCCGGCCAUGCCGAACAUGUUCGACAACAGCUACUACGCCAACAUCCGGUGCAACCGCGGCCUGCUCAGGUCCGACCAGGCGAUGGUCUCCGCGCCGGAAGAGGGCACGGAAUCCACCGCGCCCAUCGUCCAGCGUUUCGCCAAAAGCCAGGCCCAGUUCUUCCAAAGCUUCGCGACGGCCAUGAUCAAGAUGGGAAACAUCGCGCCGCUCACAGGAAGCAUGGGGGAGGUCAGGAGGAACUGCAGGGUGGUGAACUGA